AUGGGUUUGCCUUGGUAUCGUGUUCAUACUGUUGUAUUGAAUGAUCCCGGUCGUUUACUUGCUGUUCAUAUAAUGCAUACUGCUCUAGUUGCUGGUUGGGCUGGUUCGAUGGCUCUAUAUGAAUUAGCAGUUUUUGAUCCCUCCGACCCCGUUCUUGAUCCAAUGUGGAGACAAGGUAUGUUCGUUAUACCUUUCAUGACUCGUUUAGGAAUAACCAAUUCUUGGGGCGGUUGGAAUAUUACAGGGGGGACUAUAACGAAUCCGGGUCUUUGGAGUUACGAAGGGGUAGCCGGAGCACAUAUAGUGUUUUCUGGUUUGUGCUUCUUGGCAGCUAUUUGGCAUUGGGUAUAUUGGGAUCUAGAAAUUUUUUGUGAUGAACGUACAGGAAAACCUUCUUUGGAUUUGCCCAAGAUUUUUGGAAUUCAUUUAUUUCUUUCAGGAGUGGCUUGCUUCGGUUUUGGCGCAUUUCAUGUAACAGGAUUAUAUGGUCCUGGAAUAUGGGUAUCCGACCCUUAUGGACUAACCGGAAAGGUACAACCCGUAAACCCGGCGUGGGGCGUGGAGGGUUUUGACCCUUUUGUUCCGGGAGGAAUAGCCUCUCAUCAUAUUGCAGCAGGGACGUUGGGUAUAUUAGCGGGCCUAUUCCAUCUUAGUGUUCGUCCGCCUCAACGUCUAUACAAAGGAUUACGUAUGGGCAAUAUUGAAACCGUCCUUUCCAGUAGUAUUGCUGCUGUCUUUUUUGCAGCUUUUGUUGUUGCUGGAACUAUGUGGUAUGGUUCUGCAACUACUCCCAUCGAAUUAUUUGGUCCUACUCGUUAUCAAUGGGAUCAGGGAUACUUUCAACAAGAAAUAUAUCGAAGAGUUAGUGCUGGACUGGCUGAAAAUCAAAGUUUAUCAGAAGCUUGGGCGAAAAUUCCUGAAAAAUUAGCUUUUUAUGAUUAUAUUGGUAAUAAUCCAGCAAAAGGGGGGUUAUUCCGAGCGGGUUCAAUGGACAAUGGGGAUGGAAUAGCUGUUGGAUGGUUAGGCCACCCCGUCUUUAGAAAUAAAGAAGGGCGUGAACUUUUUGUACGCCGCAUGCCUACUUUUUUUGAAACUUUUCCGGUAGUUUUGGUAGACGGAGACGGAAUUGUUAGAGCUGACGUCCCGUUUAGAAGGGCAGAAUCAAAAUAUAGUGUCGAACAAGUAGGUGUAACUGUUGAGUUUUAUGGUGGUGAACUCAAUGGAGUGAGUUAUAGUGAUCCCGCAACUGUGAAAAAAUAUGCUAGACGGGCUCAAUUGGGUGAGAUUUUUGAAUUAGAUCGUGCGACUUUGAAAUCUGAUGGUGUUUUUCGUAGCAGCCCAAGAGGUUGGUUUACGUUUGGACAUGCUUCGUUUGCUCUACUUUUCUUCUUUGGACACAUUUGGCAUGGUGCUAGAACCCUCUUCAGAGAUGUUUUUGCUGGUAUUGAUCCAGAUUUGGAUGCUCAAGUGGAAUUCGGGGCAUUCCAAAAACUUGGAGAUCCAACUACAAAACGACAAGCAGUCUGA